CGCAUGCGUCAGCCGUCGGGGCUACGGCGCGCCGGGUCGAGGGUCACCUGUCAAGAUGGCGGCAACGUUGACCUUCCGCAGCUUGCUGUGGCUGCCCCGGGGUGCGCGGGGACUCGGGGUGCGAGUGGCCCGCACCGGGGAGAAGAUCACGCACACCGGCCAGGUGUAUGAUGACCAGGACUACAGGAGGAUUCGGUUUGAGGGUCGCCAGAAAGAGGUGAACAAGAACUUUGCCAUUGACCUGAUAGCAGAGCAGCCUGUGAGUGACGUGCAGAAUCGUGUGGUUGCGUGUGACGGCGGAGGUGGGGCGCUCGGGCACCCGAAGGUGUACAUCAACCUGGACAAGGACACGAAGACUGGGACGUGUGGCUACUGCGGACUGCAGUUCAGACAGCAGCGACACUAGGUGGAGUCCAGCGGGGUGCCGUUAAGGCAGUGGUGCAGGGUUUGUCUGCGUGCUCAAUAAAGGCUGCUUGGCUUGGGUGA